GUCGUUACACUUAAUUAUCAAAUAUCAAAGCAACUUAUUUCACUGCGUGCGUAGUUGAAGAAAUUUAAAACGUGAAAAUGUUUUCAUUUGUUGCGAUUGCAUGUCUCUUCGGAGCCGCAGCCGCCGCUCCGUCCGGCUACGGAGGACUUGGUGUAGUCGCAGUGGACAGUUAUGCUGUCCCACGUUAUGAAUUCAACUACGCCGUAAAUGACCCAUCCACGGGAGACAACAAGGCCCAAUCCGAAGUGAGAGACGGCGAUGCCGUCAAGGGCUCUUACUCCCUCACCGAACCCGACGGCACCUUGCGAGUGGUCGAGUACACCGCCGACGCGGCCCGCGGGUUCAAUGCCAUCGUCAAGCGGAUCGGAGGCGCCGCCCAUCCGCAGACGCUGCAGCUAGCACCAGUGGUCGCCAAACAAAUCGUCACUGCACCAGUCGUUGAAGAAAUUGCAGCACCAAUCAUCGCUCCGGUCGCCAAAAUCGCAGAGCCUGUCUACUCCGCAGGUCUCAUCAACGGAGGUUGGGGCAACGCUUGGGGCAACAGCUGGGGCAACAACUUGGGCAAAGGCUGGGGACUGGGAUCAUGGGACCUCGGCAAUCUAGGAGAUCUAGGUCUCGGUCUCAGUCUCGGCCACGGAGGAUGGAAACACUAAAUUCUGAGUCUAUGUAAAUAGUAUUAUAGUACUUCACGUCUGAACAUGUUGCCUUUUUUCCUUUCAACUUGUUCGGUCACGAGAAUUCUUAUAGUGCCUAUGUAAGACUUAAGAAUUGUUAGUUUAUUAGGUAAUAAAACCUAGCAAAUUAAAUUGAAAUAAGUGCUCCAAA